GGAGCAGAUGGAGAACACUAAUGUGAAGAAGAUCAUUCAGGAUAUUUAUGAAGCGGACAAAGCUCAGGCCAAAGCUAACAACCUCUUAGAGAGAGCGAGCAGAAACAAAGAUGAGACCAAAGACAGGAUCCAAGAUGCUGAAGACACACUGGACAACAUCGAGGCGAGGCUCAUGAUUCAGACCAAAGACCUGCAGAAAGAGAUUGAAGCUAUGAAGGACAAAACUGAAGAGAACAUGGAGCAGAAGAUCCAGCAGCUGCUUCACAGAAGAAACCAGAAAGCUGCUGAAGUGUCCGACCUGCUGGAGACGGCUGAGACAAUUCGACAGGAAAUCUCCACUCAAGUAUACACUGAGUGUACUGGAUAAAUAUACUGUGAUACUGCUGAUAUAUACCAGUGAGUACUGCAAACAGCAGUGCUGCCUAGAAUCAGCUGUAGCUGAAUUUAAUCAGAAUCUUAUUCACUGUUUUUUACCUUUUUUUUCCCUUUGUUUCAAGUUUUCAAACUUUUUAAAGUUUUUCUGAUGAGGUUUUGAGUUGUUUUUAAAUACAGUAUGUUACAAUACAACUGAAGACAUGCCUUUAGAAAUAUGACGACAGAAAACUACACAGAUGAACAUUUUUCAAUUAUUUUGUAAUAAACUCUUAAUCAAAUAGCUU